CCGCCAGUCAUUCUCCGUGCGAGGGCCGGGGCGGGAGGCAGGCGGGACCCAGCCCCGCCGCCAGCCCCACUUUUGUGGUGCCGCCGCCGCCGCGGUCUCCCCUUUCUCCGCGGGGCUGGCCGCGGGGCGGGCGAUGCUCCGCGCUCCCUGAGCCGCCGCACCGCGUCCCUCGGCCGAGGCGCCCCGCGGAGCUGCGCGCCCGAGCGGCGGCUCCCCCGUGUCCCCGGUGCCCCCUCCCCGCUGUCCCCACGCCGCGCGGAGGUCGCGCAGGAUGCCGCAGAGGGGCGCGGAGGCGCCGCUGGCCCUGCUGCUGGCGGCGGCGUGGCUGGCGCAGCCCCUGCGCGGGGGCUACCACGGCGUGAGCAUGUUCGCCGUGCAGACAGCCCAGCCCGACCCCUGCUACGACGAGCACGGGCUGCCCCGCCGCUGCAUCCCCGACUUCGUCAACUCGGCCUUCGGGAAGGAGGUGAAGGUGUCCAGCACCUGCGGGAAGCCGCCGUCGCGGUACUGCGUGGUGACGGAGAAGGGCGAGGAGCAGGUCCGCACCUGCCACCUCUGCAACGCCUCCGACCCCAAGCGCGCCCACCCGCCCUCCUUCCUCACCGACCUCAACAACCCGCACAACCUGACCUGCUGGCAGUCCGACAGCUACGUCCAGUAUCCCCACAACGUCACCCUCACCCUCUCCCUCGGAAAGAAAUUCGAGGUGACCUACGUCAGCCUGCAGUUCUGCUCGCCGCGCCCCGAGUCCAUGGCCAUCCACAAGUCCAUGGACUACGGCAAGACCUGGGUGCCCUUCCAGUUCUACUCCACGCAGUGCCGCAAAAUGUACAACAAGCCAAACCGCGCCGCCAUCACGAAGCAGAACGAGCAGGAGGCGGUGUGCACCGACUCGCACACCGACGUGCGGCCCCUCUCCGGCGGCCUCAUCGCCUUCAGCACCCUGGACGGCCGCCCCACCGCCCACGACUUCGACAACUCGCCCGUGCUGCAGGACUGGGUGACGGCCACCGACAUCAGGGUGACCUUCAGCCGCCUCCACACCUUCGGCGACGAGAGCGAGGAUGACUCUGAGCUGGCCCGCGACUCCUACUUCUACGCCGUCUCCGACUUGCAGGUCGGCGGGCGAUGCAAGUGCAACGGCCACGCGUCGCGCUGUGUCCGUGACCGCGACGACAGCUUGGUGUGCGACUGCAAGCACAACACGGCCGGCCCCGAGUGCGACCGCUGCAAGCCCUUCCACUACGACCGGCCCUGGCAGCGAGCGACGGCCCGGGAGGCCAACGAGUGUGUGGCCUGCAACUGCAACCUGCACGCCCGGCGCUGCCGCUUCAACAUGGAGCUGUACAAGCUGUCGGGGCGCAAGAGCGGCGGCGUCUGCCUCAACUGCCGGCACAACACGGCGGGGAGGCACUGCCACUACUGCAAGGAGGGCUUCUACCGAGACCUCAGCAAGCCCAUCUCCCACCGCAAGGCCUGCAAAGAGUGCGAUUGCCAUCCCGUGGGUGCCGCCGGCCAAACCUGUAACCAAACCACGGGCCAGUGUCCCUGCAAGGACGGUGUCACCGGCAUCACCUGCAACCGAUGCGCCAAAGGCUACCAGCAAAGCCGGUCCCCCAUCGCGCCCUGCAUAAAGAUCCCCGCCGCGCCCCCCACCACGGCCGCCAGCAGCACGGAGGAGCCUGCAGAUUGUGACUCAUACUGCAAAGCCUCCAAGGGGAAACUGAAGAUCAACAUGAAGAAGUACUGUAAGAAAGACUAUGCUGUCCAGAUCCACAUCCUGAAAGCGGAAAAAAAUGCCGACUGGUGGAAGUUCACGGUCAACAUCAUCUCCGUCUACAAACAAGGCAGCAACCGGAUACGGCGCGGAGACCAGACCCUGUGGAUCCACUCCAAGGACAUAGCGUGCAAGUGCCCCAAAAUCAAGCCCAUGAAGAAGUAUUUGCUGCUGGGCAACAACGAGGACUCUCCCGACCAGAGCGGCAUCAUUGCGGACAAAACCAGCCUGGUGAUCCAGUGGCGGGAUACGUGGGCCCGGCGGCUCAGGAAGUUCCAGCAGCGGGAGAAGAAGGGGAAGUGUAAGAAAGCCUAAAAGGAGGAGAAGGCCACGGAGGACGCGGGAGGGAGAGACUGACUGUGCAUGCUGCUUUGUGUAGAGCUGGGGCGGGCAGGGACCGGCGCCGGGGCAGGCUGGGGGGACGGGAGGGGGAUCACGGCCGUGGGUGGGGCUGUCAGGAUUGCACCUCGUAUUCCGGGGGGAAAACAAAACUAAACCCAACGAAAACAGUCGUGCACAUGGACACAAACCAAGAGGAGUGUGGGUGCGGCACCCAGGGCCCCACCCCCCCUAAGGCUUCUUCCUGCCCCCCCAUUGCCGAAGAACUCAGAGACACCAAACUGCCUUCCAGCUGCCAACAUCUGCUGCGUCCAAAGCACGGCACGGGAACAUCAAACCUGUAAGAAACUAAUCAACAGCAACGCUGGAAAUUAACUCCCCACCCCCAAAAUACGUAUUCGCAGCUUAGGUUGACCGAGACAGUUAUUGUAGAGGAAACUAAACAGAGACUUUUCACUGAGGACAGAUCCGAGAUCGACUGACGGGUUGUCUGAAGACUUUGGUACCCCAGAGCUGUAACCACCACCCACGUGUGGCCCCUGGGGAGGCCGAGGUCUCCAGCCGUGAUGAUGCUCUGAGCCCAUUUAGGCACAGCCAAGAGGGGACCUUGUUGGUGGGCAUAACUCGGGGAGUGACUCCUCGCUGCAGCCCCCACGCCCUGAGGAGUGCUGUCCCCACCAUGCCGAAGGAGCAUGAGCCCUCCCAGCCACCGAUUCACAGUCAAGGAGUUGAUAACCAGGUUCCCCAAGGAAACACCCAGACUUGGCUAAAAGCUGGCAUCCACUCCCCAGAAGUGCUCCAGAAGAUCCCCGAGUCUCCACUGCGGCCACCCCCAAUGUCUCCUUCACAGGUUUUGUCCUCUCUGGUGCUGUCAGCAGAUCGUGAACCCUCAGAUGACAGAAAAUCUGUGCAGGUGACACCCAGCUCCUGGCUGGCCGCUGGUUUCACUCCCAAACUCAGGCAGCUCUCCCAAAUCCACACCAGCUCUGCCCUCACUCCCUCUGGAGCUGGAGCUCCCUGGCAUCCCUGCAUAAGGUGGCCACCUCCCUGGACCCAGCGAGUGCCAGGGACUGUCCCCGUGGGGCCAGUGUAGAGCUCUAAGGCUUGGCUGAGGCAGAGCCCGUGCAGGGCAGGGACCGGAUGGGAAGGGACUGGAUGAACAAGGUGUGACCCACCUGGAGCUCCCCAGACUGUUCUCCUUCUGCUUGGGGGUGAAAACCCCAAAUUCAAAUUUCCCCAUUCCAAAUCACAAACACACUAAGCGAGGCAGGGGCUGCCUCACCUCCAACCUGCAUCCCGAGGGCAGGACUGGCUGCUGAGCUGUCACCCAGGCACUGCACCCCCAUGCCAGGCUGCUCCCCUGCCACAGCAGCCCAUGAGGAACGGGGAUAUCCGAGUUCACCUCAUCCAGGGAGACAGGAAAGGCAGGGAGAGCAGGACGGGUACCUGGAGGAGAAGUAAACAUUAGUCGCUAUGAAAAGCAAAACCUCCCUGAUAUUUUUCCUUUUAGGAAACUUGGAAACAUCUAUUUUAUGACAUUUUCCAGUGGUUUUGCCUUGUUUUAUAGCAAUUGACAAUAUUUAUAUAAUGACAUAAACCACCAUAAAGCGAGGCAGCCAUGUAAAUAGGUGCAAAGUGGAGGCUCCCAGGGAAGCUCCAGCCAGCACCGGGCUGCUGGAGACACCACCCGGAGGAAGCAAGCUCUGCUCAGCCUCCCCCCGCCACCACAAGGCCCUCCAAAAUUAGUCUGGGUAUUAGGACAAAAAUCCCACCCUGGACAUCAAGCAAAUCCCCCUCAAGUCUGUGUUUUCCCCCCUUUCCCAGAGUGGACUUGGUUUUUCUCAUCUCAGAGCUCAAGGAGGGGUGACGGUUUUGCAACGCAGGGAACCCAAGCCACCAAGUUUUGAGGGCUACAAUCUGACCUCAAGUGUCUAAAUGGAGACUUAAAACCCCCAGAUGGGGGUUGGAUGCUCUCCUGCAGCCAAUGUCAGCUGAUGCCAGGGACACCCCACCAGCGGGAGACAGCAUGUCCUUGGUUAGUUGGGAUGCCCUGAGCCACAGGAGACCUUCAAAUGGCCUAAAACCAACGGGAUCCAACCCAGAGCCAGUUCACUUGGAGUGCAGGAAGGCAAGGCCAGGGGACAUGAGGGCUUGGGAACUGCCCCCUGAGCACACCCAGCGCUCUCUCCUGUUUUCCAACCUUGUCAAGCACAGCCGCCCUCCCCAGUGCAGCCUUGGCACCCCAAACCCACCCAGGGACACGCCCCAGCCCCUUCCCUGGUCCCACUGCUCUCAGAGGCUGCAGAAGAACCACCACCCACUCCAUGCCAUGGCCAGACCCCUCCAGGCACCAACACAACCUGGGAAAUCUGAAGGAAAGGAGUUUGCACAAGGCAUGAAACAGCUCAGCUCACACAGGAGUGAAGUUCCCAUCCCUGUCCCACCAGGACCCGGUCCCAUCAUCCCUGUUGGAGUUUUGCAUUUCCAAGCAGAGCAGGGAAACCCCUUCCCUCCAUGCACGGCCCCCCAGUGCCCUUCCUGUGCUCCCAGUAACCUUGACCUGCAGGAGCUGCUGGUGGAACUGGUGCACAGCCUCCCCCACACCCAUUUUUGGGGUGUCCAGGGGUGCAGCGCUUCCCUGCAGCCAUCCCCUGCUCCAGGACAUCUCCUAGGGGGACACCUCUGUCCAGUCACCCAGAGAGGGACAAGAUGCCCCCCUAAACAGCCCCUGGAUGGCCGGGGGUGCAGCUCUGUGGGGAACCAGCAAAGAACCCAGACACCCCCCAUGGCCCUGGGGACAGCACGGGGGUCCCGGGGGGCAGGGGGGGCGACCAGGGAAGGGGCUGUGGUGCCUCCAGCAGGGCUUUGGAGAGCAGCUGAAAUGCCAAAACAAUCAUCACUGACGGUAGCACCCGACACAAGUCGCUUCGUCUCGUUUCUGUUCGUCUCGUCGUGUCCGUGCCCUCUCCCCGCACACCCCCCUCGUCCCCUCACAAAACCUGUGUUGUUUUGGGGUUCAAUUGUUUCUGUUGAUUUUUUUUUUUGUUGUUAUUUCUGUUAAUAUCUUGAACUGUAAAUGUUGUUUAGUUAUGACCAUGGCAGACUGCUUUGGGCGAUGUUUCUUUACAAUGCAUACUAAUAUAUUAUGGUUAUUAUAUAUGAAUAUAUUUAAUGACACGUGGAAAAGUUGUGGAUUUUCUUAUUGUUUUUCCCAGUUGUUUCCUUUUAUUUUUUUUUCUUUUGUUUUUAUUUUUCCCUCCCUCUUUGUUUGUUUGUUCGUUAGAUUGGCUGUAAUUUACCUGAAGGAGCUUGUAACUGUUCAGCACCCACUCGGUAGAACUAAAGUCAGAAACCAGUUGAAUAAACUCUUGUAAACUGUAAAAA